AUGCCCCUCCUCAUCCGCCCCGCCACCCCCUCCGACGCCCCCUCCCUCUCCUCUAUCUGUCUCCUCACAGGUUCCGCAGGCUCCUCCGCCGAAGCUAUGCACGCGUACGGCGAGCUGCCUGGGCUGGUUUAUGCGCUGCCGUAUGUGAACGUGGGGGAGUGGGCGUGGGGGUUCGUGUUGGUUGAUACUGGGGAUGAGAAGAGAGUGGUGGGGUAUAUACUCGGUGCGAGCGAUACACGUAAAUUCGAGGAAGAGGCGGAAAAGACGUGGUACCCACCUCUCCGGUUACGCUACCCACUAUCACCGUCCCCCUCUUCUUCUUCCCCACCGUCGUCGUUACCGGAACGCAAAGAAGCAGAUACCCGCUACAUCAAACUCCUCCAUUCACCCGAAUCCGCACCGGAAGCCUGCGUUAAAUUUAGCCCUGCGCAUAUGCAUAUUGAUUUAUUGCCGGAAGUGCAGAGGAAGGGAUGGGGGAAGCGGUUGGUUGGGUUUGCGGUGGGGUGGUUGAGGGGGUUGGGGAAGCUAGAGGGUGUAUGGUUAGGAUUAGAUCCGAAGAAUGAGGGCGCGAGGAGGUUUUAUGAGAGGUUGGGCUUUGAGGGGAUUGAGGGCGCGCCGGGGAAUUGUAUGGGGUUGAAGUUUGAGAGCUGGAGAGGUUGA